AUGCCAACUCUAAAACAACUAACCUGCCAUAUUGAAUGGGCUAACUGUAGCAUACCAUUCAAAGAAUAUGGCAUUACUUAUCGAGAUGGGUCUGUUGAAUGUCUCAUCCCUGUUCAACCCGCCUCGACCCCGUUUUCCAUCCGCCUCACCUCCAGUGGUUAUAUUGCCCCUGGUUUGGCCAUGUUCGUUUACAUGGAUGGCGUCUACCAAUGCAAUCGCAACAGAGAUGAUUUAGUCGUGAAAAAGGGAUAUUUUAAAGGUAAGACAAGAACUAAAGAUGUCAAUUUCUGCGUCCGCCAGAAAGAAGAACGCCUGGCAGAUGGGAGUUGGAUUGGAAGGCCAUGGAGAUUUGAGCCACUUCAAAAAGUACAACUUAUGCCCGGUAUGCCAGAAGUCAACAAAUCCCAUUUCGAUAACUUGGGCGAAAUAUGUGUGGUUGUCCUUCGGUGUGAGUCGCGGCAUGAUCAGUCCUCGCUUGAAGGCUCUCUCAGCCCAGAAUCAGCUAUGGCAUUUGGGCCAGAUCUGGAUGGUAAGGCCGCUCUAUACGAAUUUUCAUUGGCAUUUUAUGAGAUUUCGAACAUAAAACUGAUGUAUAGAGGACACACUGCAGACCUUCAGAGCAUCUCAAGUGAUGAAUGCCUACCCAGCCCAAUUGUUACUGCCAAGGAAAAUGAUACAAGUUGUGGGAUUAUGGGAGGAUUGUUUGACGGAGCAAAUGAUUCUAGACACCGCAGAAAUGAUAUACGUUGCUGCGAAUCUUGCGCUCGCGAGGACCAUGAAGUUCCACAUGAGAGCCGUGACCGUCGCCAAGGCCACCGAUCCUCCAUAAACUGUGGAAAAUCCAGACGGCACCAUCCAAAUACUGUUAGGCCAGAACCCCGGUGUCGGGUUCACUGGGAAGAUCAGCCUCAGCCGGAGCAAGAGUCAGACUGGGAGAAUGGAUGGGAGUCGUAUGACACAGAAUCAACCGCAAGUUCAGAUCACAUCCGCCGAGGAUAUCGAUAUUACAGAUCAAGGAGACCAACUGAUCGCAUCACAAGGCAAGAAGUUGAGGACUCUGAUAACUCUUAUUCUUACAUUCGAGAACACCGCUCCAAGCCAAGACGGUCUCUGUCCCAAACGCCGAAACAAGAUCAAAGUACGGGAUGGAAGAUUCGGAAAGCAUCUGGGAAGAUAUCUUCAGAAGCGCCAAAAAAUUGUCAAAAUCUAGUAUCAGAAGAAUUGCAUAGCGGUAACCGUGGAUGUGCCCCUUCUAUUAUCCUCAAUGUCAACUCAGCUCAACCGGCACAGGAGGUGAAACCAGACAUUGGCCAUUCUUGCCACCAAUGUUCAAACACCAAGUGCUGCGCGACAGACGAUGCUACAGCCGAUACUACAGACGACGGCUGCUAUAUAAUCUCUGACAAUAAACGAGUUAGCGGACGCUGCCACCAUCAUAGUCGGCAUCGUCAUAAUCGCACGCAAGGAAAGAAAACCCAAGAGCCCAAUCCUAAUGAUAAUACCACAACAACGAAUACAGACAAUGGUGAAGGCAAUGCUGGUGGUAGCAAUACUUCAAACAGCAAUCAAAACAAUAAUGAUUCAUCAUGGGAUAAUAAUAAUGAUCAAGGCGAUUCGAAUUGGAACGGGAAUAACAAUGAUAUCUCAGCUGGCUGGAACGACCAAGACAAUCAAAACAAUGCUACAAACGACAAUUGGGGACAAGACCAAGGGAAUCAACAAAAUAACAAUACAGAUGACUGGGACAAAGGCAAUUCCAACUUCGACACUAAUGCCCAAGGCCAGCAGCAGAGUACUUCCUGGGACAAUGGCAAUCAGUCGAAUGGACAAAACUGGAUGGCACAGGGUGGAGCAUCGGGUAAUGGGGAUGCCCCAGCAGCUGGCUGGCCAAACAAUAAUUCAAACGACAACCACGGAAACAAUAACAAUGGGCAAUUUGCUGCUAUUCCCAGUCCAAAUAAUGGAUAUAAUAACUUUCAGCCUGGUCCAUCAAGCCCGCCGCCUCCGCCACCUCCUCCAAUAAUCCCAGUCCAAGCUCAGGGUCCAAUAUGGAAAUCUCCACCGCCCAUCCAAAGAGUUCAUACUCUGAUUACGCCAUUCUGUCAGGGCCAGGAAGCGAGCGAGCCCCCAUUAUAUACAGUUCCCGAGCAAGUUGCCCAAGAACGAUCACUCUCUCAUCAAGUUCAGGUUGGUAGAUCUUCAAGGUAUUCCCACAAGAUUAAAGUCCCGCAAUACCUUGAUACAAUGGAGGAGCCGUACGCAAAAUUUAUUUUCAAGUAUCGGUCGGAGAUUGGCAAGCCAAUUGAGCGAGAUGUUGAAGCUGAAAGAAAACUUUUGGAGUCUCUUCCUCGAGAGGAGAUCCUCAAGCAGCUACUCCACGUUCAGGGACUGCUGGCUGCUCAGACUCUUGGACAACCAAUGGUGGUGCCAUCUCAGGGUCACCCUCAGGCCUCCAGCUCACCGCAAGCCCAAAAUCAGCGAGUCAGCUCAAAUGCCCAGCAAUAUGCGCCAGCUCAGUAUCAAAGUCCACUGGGGAGCAAAAAUGGCCGCGUUAAUCACUCCAACCAUGGUUCACAAUCCGGUCCUUCGCACUGGAAUAAUGCUCCAGCCCAGGAAGAGGUCUUCACCGUUCCAUCAAAACUUACAGGCUAUAAUAAUAGGGCUACUAAUCCUCCUCAGAGUCCUCCGCAGAAUAAUAAUUUGGCAGCUUCCCUUACUGCUGGGCUACAGAAUGUCCAACAACAGCAACAGAGCAGUUCCAAGGGCAACAAUGACGUCCCUGCGUGGAAUGCCCAACCUGCACAGGAUGACUCUGGUGGAACUUGGUAA